AUGGCAGGUGGACGCAAGACAAGCACCAAAAAGGAUCCUGAGAACCAGAAUCCGCAGCGAGACACCACAGGAAAUAUCACACGUGCCCUCGAGCCCGGAUGGCGUCCAGGACGUGAUCCAGCCAACAUAGAAAUCAACCUCGGAGUAAGACGAAGCCAGAGGGUUAGAGCAAGAAACGAAGAGGAAUCUUUUCAAGAAUCGACUCGUACGGCAGAACGGCCAUAUGGGAACACUUCAACGGAUAACAGAGUUCAUCGACCAGAUGAACAACAAGCAUCUACAUCCAGCUCAUCCGGAGUGGUUUCCCAGACUUCCUCUGGUGCACAUGCGCCCUCGGCCAGAGUCCGGCGACCAGUCCCGCCUGAUUGGGAACCACCAUUGAUCAUCGGUGCAUCACUUGGAGAGAACUUGAGUCGUAUGGAAAUAGCAGAACGAUCAGUACUCCAGUGGGAAGCUAUCAUCGCGAACACUCGUAGAACACAGCCGAGGGCAGAUCUGUCAGGCCUUGAAAAGGAACGCGACAAGGCUAGACAGGAAUUUGAACAGAUGGAAGAGUCUGAUGAGAACUUGAUACCUGUUGAUGAACUUGAAUCUACCAAGCGUCAGCGUAUCCAGAAGCGUAUCAAUCUACUCACAGCGUCACUUGAGCGAAAUGAGUGCCCAACUGGCGAUACAAACAUUCGUGCUGCAAUAAACGCGUACAGGACUGAACAAAUCAGGUGCUGGGACAAGUGGACACUUCUCUAUGCGGGUCAUUUGGCAGACUUCUGCCCCUCGUAUGAAUCCUUCACGCACGAUAGAGAAGAGAGACUCGACCGGUACUAUAGUCAGUAUGGUGAAGGAUGGCUCUGGUAUGAACCUCCUCUCGCUCCGAGAGGAAGCAACCAGACCGAGCAGCUCAUGGCAGCCACUUGGGCACAGCCUUCUGCUGAGAAUGGGCCAUUAACAGAACACAGGCCUUUUUCUUGGGAUAUAUCCAUGGGCUUUCAGCGGGUAACGGGGUUUCACCGUCGCGAGACUCGAAGCUUGCACAGACCCGGACAUAGGAAGAAUGGAAAAGUUUUGCUGUAUCCAACAAAGCUUAGGGAGCUUGGUCGGGACGAGGAAGACAUAUGUUUUGUCGAGGAUGAUGAAGACGACGAGACAGGAGCUCCCCGUGUGUGUUUCAAGAUGUUGCUUGACAGCGGAGCCACUCAUCCCUCUCUACACGGCACCGAUCUACAGUAUCUUGGUAUUGAUAAAAAGACGUACCCAGCCCAGACGCAUAUUUCUAUCUCUACCGCCGACAGUUCAACUGCAGUAGCUAGGGUUUAUGAGAUGCGCAUUGAUGUCUGCCGACACAACGGGGAAUCGCUUGUAGGGGAUGAUCCAGUUUUCCCCAAUGAACGUCGACAGCUGGGUGGAAUCGCACCAGUAAUGGUACUGGUCCAAUCCACAGAUGAUGAGAGCGAGCCGUUGUCUGAAUGGUACGAAAAGGCCCUGAAGAAUGGCGAAGACAUCUCAGAGGAAGCGAUGGCGAAACGGGGAAAAGGCGGCAUAGAAGCACGUCUAUCGGGUAUGAUUCCAUUCCAAGUGUGUUACUUUGCAGGAGCUCCAGGGAAGUCGGGUUUCUGGUUUGGUGAAGACCGACGAGACAUUCUUGGGGCAGAUCGCAUGCCAGGCCAACGACGGUGCGAGUUGCACUUGCCAGUCAAAGGCGCUAAACGUCCGGAAGAAGUUGAACAUCUAGAUCGCCCGACCGUCAUUUUCGAACAUCAAGGGAAAGAUUUCAAGCUUCUCGACGCGGAUUCCAGGGAAGACUCAAGCACCAGCUUAUUGACCAUCGAAGAUGGAGUGAGGACAAGGCAAAUGACUAUGAAAGUCAGCAACAAACCGGGGAAAUUGGUUGUCAAGAGGGUUCCCAAAAGUAAAAGAAAGGUUGAAUCAGUUUCGCCGAUUGCAAAUGCAGGGACUCGAAAGAAAAGACAGAAGAAGUGUUGA